CACGUGAGAACUCAAACACACAUGCAGUUCCAACAUCCUCCCCCACCCAGGGGCAGCACAGUCACUAUUAAGCAGGCUGGGUAGGAAGCGGCCACAGCAGAGGCAGCUUGAGAAGCCAUGGCGACCUACGUGCAGCUGAACACUGGAGCCAAGAUGCCCAUCCUGGGGCUGGGCACCUGGAAGUCCCCACCAGGACAAGUGACAGCUGCAGUGAUGGCUGCAAUCGAUGCUGGAUACCGCCACUUUGAUGGUGCCUAUGUGUACCAGAACGAGAAGGAGGUUGGGGAUGGGAUCCAGCAGAAAAUCAAGGAAGGCGUUGUGAAACGAGAGGACCUCUUCAUUGUCAGUAAGCUGUGGUCCACAUUUCAUGAAAAACAUCUGGUGAAGGGAGCUUGCCAGAAAACUCUUGCCGAUCUAAAACUGGAUUACCUGGAUCUCUAUCUCAUCCACUGGCCUUCAGGCUUCAAGGCAGGAGAGGAUCUGUUUCCCACAGAUGACCAAGACAUGAUUAUACCCAGCAACACUGACCUUCUACAAACAUGGGAGGCCAUGGAAGAGCUGGUGGAUGCUGGCCUGGCAAAAGCCAUUGGCAUCUCCAACUUCAACCACGAGCAGAUUGAAAGAAUCUUGAACAAGCCAGGACUGAAAUACAAGCCUGCAAACAACCAGAUUGAAUGCCAUCCAUACCUGACCCAGGAGAAGCUGAUCAACUACUGUCAAUCCAAAGGGAUUGCUGUGACAGCAUAUAGUCCCCUUGGCUCUCCUGACAGGCCACGGGUUAAGCUAGAGCAUCCUUUACCUCUGGAUGACCCCAGGAUUAAAGAAAUUGCUGCCAGGCACAACAAAACAGCAGCACAGGUUCUCCUUCGCUUCCAGAUCCAGAGAAAUGUGAUUGUGGUCCCUAAGUCUGUCACACCACAGCGCAUUGUGGAGAACUUCAAGGUCUUUGACUUUGAAUUGUCUAAAGAAGAGAUGGCAACUCUUCUCAGCUUCAACAGAAACUGGAGGAUGGGUUUAUUGAGCCAGGCCAGAACACACAAGGAGUACCCUUUCCAUGCAGAAUACUGAUGCUGUUUGUAAUCGGGCCUUCUCUAGUCCACUGAUAUUUCAUAUGCCUCUCCCCUAGCUUUGAGCUCUGUAUUCAGCUUUCUUUCUGUGUCUGCCCUGUUGCUGCCAGUGAAGUCAAUGGACAUUUACUCCAUUGCUUCAAUCUAAUUUCAUUCUUUGGAAGAUGGAAGGAGUAUUGCCCAGCAGAAUAAAAUGUAGGAUGUAAUAAUUUUCUGCUUAUCAGAAGAGAGGAGGAUUACUGGAGUAUCUGGCAGAACUGCUCAGUGGAAAAUGAAGACAGCUUGAACAUUUGAACCACUAUUCAGCAAGUGCCUUCAGUCUUGCAUCAGCACAAAGUAACUUUAAAGGGUGAAAGCAUUACUGGAUGAAAUACUGGUGUAGGGGUGGUGGGGGGGAACUUUUCUUUGUGAAAUUAAAUAAACUAUCUAUACUAUCUAUGAAUGUUAA